AUGAUCGUCUGGUUUCUGCUGACGGCCGCCAGCCUCUUCUUCGUCAUCUGGGAUUCAGUUUUCAACGGUGUGACAAGCUGGGUUCAGAAACUCGCCUGGAUCCUCGUGGUUGCCUACACCGGGCCUGUCGGCUGCUUUCUUUAUCUGAUGACCUGCCGCCGGCCAUUUCCGGGCGGCCAUGACGAAUUCACCAAAAAGACAUGGAAACAGUCGGUCAACAGCGAAAUGCAUUGCCUGGCCGGAGACGCCACGGGCAUUGUCAUUGCCGCCAUGAUUGUUCCCGUUUUCCAUUUGACCAACGGAUGGGACAGUGUCUUUGAGUACAUUGCGGGCUUCAUUUGCGGACUGUUCAUUUUCCAGGCACUGAUGAUGCGCGGCAUGUAUGACGGCGACUAUUGGAAAGCGGUACGCAAGACGUUUUUCGCAGAAACCGUGUCCAUGAACUGCGUCAUGGCAGGCAUGCUGCCGACCAUGAUCGUGCUUGCAAGCGUCUGGCCCUCGUCAACAGAACCGUCCGGGCCGGAAUUCUGGUUCCGGAUGAGCAUUGCCUCGAUUGUCGGUCUGUUCACGGCCUAUCCGGUCAACUACUGGCUCGUGAAAUCACAUCUCAAACACGGAUGCAUGACCCUGCCCGGAGCAGACACACCGGCUCUCGGUCACAGAUCUCCGGAACCGGCAAUGUCCGGCCACCUGCACCAGGGGCAUGAGGACGUGGCGCAGGACCAGCCACACCGGAAACACGAUCGCUCCAGGAUGGAAAUGGAAAAAUUGGCCCUGCCGACACAAAUAAUUCUGAUUGCCAUCUCUUUCGCAAUCCUGAUCGUGGCCGGAUUGGCCACCAGUCUUUUCGUGCCCGUCAGGUUUGGGUUGACCCACUGA